AUGUUGGUGCUACUGGCAUUGCAGCUUCUCUUUACUCCUGUGGUGGGUGGAGAUUUCAUUCGCUGCCCUGAGAGUGAUCCUCUCCACGUCCCACACGAGUGGUAUCAGUCUGGGGAUCUCCUAAUUGGUGGGAUUACAUCUCAGGUGUUUUAUAUUUUUUUCAAAUAUUCUUUCAAGAGAUAUCCUGCCAGUGAAUUCUUUGAAACUGUACGAAUGGUGACAAAACUCUACCAGCAUGUUCUGGCCUUGGUGUUUGCUGUAAAAGAGAUCAACGGAAAUUCCAAUAUCUUGCCUAACGUCACCCUUGGAUUCCAUAUCUAUGACAGCUACUAUUAUGAGAAGAUGACCUAUCGUACCACUCUGGACCUGCUCUUCAAAUCUCACAGAUUCAUUCCUAACUACAAGUGUUCAGCCUCAAAAAACCUAAUAGCUGUGAUUGGAGGACUUGGCUCUGAUACCACCAUCUAUAUUUCACAUCUUUUAAGUCUCUACAAGAUUCCACAGUUCCCAUAUGGGUCAUUUGCUCAAGAGCAGAGGGAAACUGUCCAGCUCCUCUUUUCUUACCAUGUAGCCACUGAGGAAACCCAUCAGUACAUGGGGAUUAUCUGGUUACUCAAGCAUUUUGGAUGGACAUGGGUUGGACUCUUUGUGGUGGAUGAUGACAGUGGAGAACAUUUCAUAAAGACCCUGGAACUGUUGUUUUCCCAGCAUGGAAUCUGUCCAGCCUUCAUACAACAAAUACCACAAAAGAAGCGCCUCAAUGGCUGGACUGAAAUAAAUAACUUGUUCUCAAAGGUUUACCUACUUUUCAAAGGGAGGAAAGUCAGUAUACAUGUUGUCAGUGGGGAUACUCAGACCAUGUUAUUUUUGAUUACUAUAAUAUGUUCAUUGAAUGAUGAAUAUAAGGAACUCGCAUCGAUUGGAAAGGUGUGGAUCACAACAAGCCAGAUUGAUUUUGCCAUAUCAAAUCUAGAGAGGUAUUUAAACCUGGCUGUUUUCCAUGGCUCGAUUUCCUUAACAAUUCACUCACAGAAGCUUCUAGGGUUUGACGAGUUUCUUCAGGUCAUAAAACCUUACAGGACCUUAGAAGAUGGAUUUGUCAAAGGCUUCUGGGAACAAGCAUUUGAAUGUGUACUUCCAGACUCUAAAAUACAAGGAAGGAAAUGUACUGGAAAGGAGAGACUGGACAGUCUUCCUGAGUCUGUGUUUGAAAUGCGCAUGCUUGGCCACAGCUAUGGCAUUUACAAUGCAGUCUAUGCUGUAGCACAUGCUUUGCAAGCCAUGUACUCAUCACGAUCCACUUACCAAUCAGUUUUCAGAGGCAAAAAUACUGAAUUCCAUGAUCCCCAGCCUUGGCAGCUGCACCAGUUUCUUCAAGGAAUUUCAUUUAACAACUCAGCUGGAGAAACCGUGUCUUUUGAUGAGAAUGGGAAAAUAGGAAGCGGGUUUGACAUCAUGAACAUGCUCAUGUUUCCAAACAACUCCAUUGUUAGAGUGAACGUUGGAAGGGUGGAUCCCAAAGCUCCAAAAGGGAAAGAAAUCACCCUUCAUGAAGAUUUACUUGAGUGGCACAAGGGGUUUAACCAUAUAUUGCCUGUUUCUAGAUGUAGUGAUUCCUGCCACCCUGGUUAUCAGAAAAGAAAUAAAGAAGGGGAGCAAUUCUGCUGCUAUGACUGUGCUCCUUGUUCAGAAGGGAAGAUUUCAGUCCAGCAUGACACAGGUGACUGUUCUAAAUGUCCAGAAGAACAUUAUCCAAGCAAAGACCAAGAUCGAUGUGUUCCCAAAAUGAUCAACUUUCUCUCCUAUGAAGAACCAAUGGGGACCUGUUUGGCUUCAGUUACUGUUUCUUUGUCCCUGAUCACAGUUUGGAUAUUAAGAACUUUUAUUAAGCAUAAAGAUACACCCAUAGUCAAAGCCAACAACAAAGAUGUCACCUAUGCUCUCCUAAUCUCUCUCCUGCUUUGCUUCCUCUGUUCUUUCCUCUUCCUUGGAAGACCAAGCAAGUUGACCUGCUUCUUCCAACAAUCUGCUUUUGGCAUCAUCUUCACUGUGGCUGUUUCUUGUGUCUUGGCCAAAACCAUCACUGUGGUUGUAGCUUUCAUGGCCACCAAACCAGGCUCCAGCAUAAGAAAGUGGGUGGGGAAAAGACUGACCACCUCUAUUGUCCUUUCCUGCUCCCUUAUCCAAAUGUGUAUUUGUGCACUGUGGCUAGGAACCACGCCCCCAUUCCCAGAUUUGGACAGCCAGUCAAUGACUAAAGAGAUCAUAGCAAAAUGUAAUGAAGGGUCUGUGGUUAUGUUUUAUAUCACCCUGGGCUACAUGGGACUUUUGUCCUCCAUAAGCUUCACUGUGGCUUUCUUUGCCCGGAAGUUGCCAGACAGUUUUAAUGAAGCCAAGUUCAUCACCUUCAGCAUGCUGAUGUUUUGCAGUGUUUGGUUGUCUUUUGUUCCAACUUAUCUGAGUACCAAAGGGAAAUACAUGGUAGCAGUAGAGAUUUUCUCCAUCUUGGCCUCUAGUGCUGGGUUACUCUGCUGUAUCUUUUUCCCCAAAUGCUACAUUAUUGUUCUGAGGCCUGAGUUGAACAAAAGAGAACAAAUAAUGACAAAAAAGGUUUUAAAGAAUCAAGCUGCCCCAUUUCUUUCUCCUGUGGAACAAGACUAG